CCGCGCGCUUCGUGUCCCGGCUUUGCCCAGGCGGCGGCGGGACAGCAUGGCAGGCGCCGGCCCGAAGCGGCGCGGGGCCCCAGCGGCGGCCAAGGAGGAGGAGGAGCAGGCACGGGAGCGGAUGCUGGCGGCGGGGGGCGAGGGCGUGACCCUGCAGCGGAGCAUCACCCUGGUCAACGGCGUGGCGAUAAUAGUAGGGACGAUUAUCGGUUCGGGCAUUUUCGUGACCCCCACGGGCGUGCUCAAGGAGGCGGGCUCGCCGGGACUGGCUCUAGUCGUGUGGACCGUGUGCGGCAUCUUCUCCAUCGUGGGGGCCCUCUGCUACGCAGAACUUGGCACCACCAUUUCCAAGUCGGGGGGCGACUACGCAUACAUGCUCGAGGUCUACGGCUCGCUGCCCGCCUUCCUUAAGCUAUGGAUUGAGCUUCUUAUCAUCCGACCCUCCUCUCAGUACAUAGUAGCAUUCGUCUUCGCCACCUACCUGCUCAAGCCGCUCUUCCCCACCUGCCCGGUGCCGGAAGUGGCCACCAAGCUUGUGGCCUGCCUCUGCGUGCUGCUGCUCACGGCCGUGAACUGCUACAGUGUGAAGGCCGCCACCCGGGUGCAGGACGCCUUCGCUGCCGCCAAGCUCCUGGCACUGGCCCUCGUCAUUCUCCUUGGCUUCAUCCAGAUUGGGAAAGGUGAUGUGUCCCAUCUGGACCCCAGGUUCUCCUUUGAAGGCACCAACCUGGACGUGGGGAAUAUCGUGUUGGCGCUGUACAGUGGCCUCUUCGCCUAUGGGGGAUGGAAUUACUUGAAUUUUGUCACGGAGGAGAUGAUCAACCCCUACAGAAACCUGCCCCUGGCCAUCAUCAUCUCCCUCCCCAUCGUCACCCUGGUGUAUGUGCUGACAAACCUGGCCUACUUCACCACGCUGUCCACUGAACAGAUGCUGACGUCGGAGGCCGUGGCCGUGGACUUCGGGAACUAUCAUCUGGGUGUCAUGUCCUGGAUCAUCCCCGUCUUUGUGGGCCUGUCCUGCUUCGGAUCCGUCAACGGGUCCCUCUUCACAUCCUCCAGGCUGUUCUUCGUGGGGUCCAGGGAGGGCCACCUGCCCUCCGUCCUCUCCAUGAUCCACCCGCGGCUCCUGACGCCCCUGCCCUCCCUCCUGUUCACGUGUGUCAUGACCCUGCUCUACGCCUUCUCUAGAGACCUCUUCUCCGUCAUCAACUUCUUCAGCUUCUUCAACUGGCUCUGUGUGGCCCUGGCCAUCACUGGGAUGCUGUGGCUCCGCUACAAGAAGCCCGACCUGGAGCGGCCCAUCAAGGUGAACCUGGUCCUCCCGGUGUUCUUCAUCUUGGCCUGCCUGUUCCUGAUCGCCGUCUCCUUCUGGAAGACCCCUGUGGAGUGUGGCAUUGGCUUCACCAUAAUCCUCAGCGGCCUGCCUAUCUACUUCUUUGGGGUCUGGUGGAAAAACAAGCCCAAGUGGCUUCUCCAGGGCAUCUUUUCCACGACAGUCCUCUGCCAGAAGCUCUUGUACGUGGUCCCCCAGGAGACAUAGCCAGGAGAGCCGAGACGCUGCCAGAAAGAAAUGCACAAAGAUCGUUUUAAAACAACUCACCCACUUGAAAAGCCACCCCGGUCCCAUCAUCCAGGCAGCUCAGCUGAGCGCCCCGCUCCGUCCUUCCACCAGGUCGGGCGGCGGGGGCCACUGUGAACACUGGUACGAGUGUAGUCCCAGAAGA